AGGUAGGAUAGAUGGAUGUAGUCCAAUGGCUAAAGCUCUGCCAGCUUCUUGUGGACUGAACUAAAAAAAAGUUUUCCUUUUUCAAAAGUAAACUAAAAAUCGUUUUUUUUUCUUUACACGUAAUCUCCAAAUCAAACAACGGCAACAAAGAAAUACAAAGUCAAAUUUCUCUCACUUAUUGCUUUUUCCUCCUCCUCUCCUCUCUCUACUUUGGUUGCUUUUCUUUUUCUUUUCACUGUAUUUUUCAUGGCUGGUGCUUUGGUAGGAGGAUCAUUUCUCUCUGCUUUCCUUCAAGUUUUGUUUGAUAGAAUGACUUCUCCCAAGUUUGUCGGCUUCUUUAAGGCUAAAAAACUGAACAAUGGGCUACUAAAGAAACUAAACGCAACUAUGAUUUGUGUUAAUGGCUUUCUUGAUGAUGCAGAGGAGAAGCAGAUUUCUAAUCCAGCUAUAAAGAAAUGGCUUGAUGAGCUUAAAGAUGCUGUCUAUGAUGCAGAUGACUUGUUCGACGAAAUUACUUGUGAAGCUCUGCGAUUGGAACUGGAAGAUCCUUCUCAAACGAGUAUUAAUCAGGCGUUCAGGUUUAUCUCUUCUUUUAAUCCAUUUAAGAAGGGUUUGCAGUUAGAAGAAAAAUUGGUUGAAAUUCUUGAUAGGCUUGAAUACUUAGUUAAACUAAAGGAUGCCUUUGGUCUUAAAGAGGGUAUUGGAGAAAACCCAUCAUUGCAGAAAACUCCCACAACUUGUCUUGUUAAUGAAUUUGGUGUUUAUGGUAGAGAUGAUGAUAAGGAAGCUAUAAUGGAGUUGGUUUUGUCAAAUGGGAGUGAGUUAGGUGUAAUUCCUAUUGUGGGUAUGGGCGGGAUUGGUAAAACCACACUUGCUCAACUUGUUUAUAAUGACAGCAGGGCGCAGCAGUGGUUCGAUAUCAAAGCUUGGGUUUUUGUUUCUGAAGAAUUCAACGUUUCCAAGAUAACUAAAGAUGUUAUUGAAGAAGUUACUGGAAAGAUUUGUGAUUCAAGGAAUCUAAAUCAGCUUCAACUUGAUCUGAAAGAGAGAUUAAAGGAGAAUAGAUUUUUUCUUGUUCUAGAUGAUGUUUGGAAUGAAAAACAUGCUGAUUGGGAUAUUUUGUUAAGACCUUUAAAAUUUGGGGCUCAAGGAAGUAAGAUCAUUGUUACAACACGCAAUGAGAGCGUGGCAUCCCUUGUGCAAACUUUUCCAAGUUAUCAUUUAAAAGAAUUGAUGAAUGAUGAUUGUUGGUUUCUAUUUGCAAGACAUGCAUUUGAUGGCGGAAAUUCCGUUUCACAUCCACAAUUAGAAGAAAUUGGUAGAAAAAUAGUAGAAAUGUGCAAAGGUUUGCCCUUAGCUGUAAAAACAUUGGGUGGUGUCUUGCGCUCCAACAGAGACAUCAAUGAAUGGAAGAAGAUAUUGACGAGCAAAAUGUGGUUUUUAUCUAAAGGUGACAUUCUUCCAGCUUUAAGAUUAAGUUAUCAGUACCUUCCGUCACAUCUGAAACGAUGUUUUGCUUAUUGUUCAUUAUUUCCCAAGGAUUAUGAAUUUAAGAAGAAUAAGGAUAUGGAAGUCGGUGGUGCAUACUUUGAUGAUCUUGUUUCAAGAUCAUUUUUUCAAGAAUCAAAUGGCCAUCAAUCAUGCUUUGUUAUGCAUGACCUUAUCAGUGAUUUAGCGAAAUUUGUUGGCAAAGAAUUUUGCUUCUGGUUAGAGGGUGAGAAUCCGUGCACUGUAGCUAAAAAAACUCGCCAUUUUUCAUAUGUAAGAACAAGAAAUGACACCUCUAGGAAAUUUGGGUAUAUUUGUGAAGCUAGAUUUCUGCGUACCUUUUUACCAAUGGAGCACUCAUUAUCAAAGAGGUGGCUGCCGUCUACAAUAAGUGAUGAGGUAGUACAUGAUUUAUUACCGAAACUUGAGUACUUGCGAGUGCUAUCUUUAACUCAGUAUGGUAACAUAAUUAGAUUGACUGAUUCUAUUGGUGAUUUGAAGCAUCUAAGAUAUUUGAAUCUCUCUGGAGCAUCGCUAGAAAGAUUACCUGAAAGUUUGGGCAGUUUGUAUAACUUGCAAACUUUAAUCUUGCAUAGGUGCAGAAACUUUGUUCAGUUGCCAUCAACCUUAGGAAAAUUGCUCAAUAUGUGUCAUCUUGAUAUUAGAAAAACAAAUUUGAAAGAGAUGCCACCGCAAAUGGGUAAAUUAAAAAAUCUCCAAAUAUUGACCAACUUUGUUUUGGGAGAACAUGGUGGGUCUAGGAUUAAAGAGUUAGGCAAUCUUCAACACAUUCAAGGAACACUUGACAUUUAUAAUCUCCAAUACGUUGUGGUGUAUGAAGAUGCUUUGGAAGCCAAUUUGAAGGAUAAAGAACAGCUUAAAAAGUUAAAGUUGACGUGGAAUGGUAGUUGUAAAGAUUCGUUGCAUGAAAGAGGCGUACUUGAGCAAUUACAGCCCCACAAGAAAGUAGAAGGCCUUUCAAUUACGGGCUAUGGGGGUACAAGAUUUCCAAAUUGGGUAGGAGAAUCUUCAUUCUCAGAUCUGGUGGAGUUGAUGCUUUCUGGAUGCAAAAACUGUUCCUUCUUGCCACCACUAGGGCAGUUAGCCUCUUUAAGAUUCCUCCUUAUCGAAGAAUUUGAUGGGAUAGAGAUUAUUGGUCCUGAGUUCUAUGGGUCCAUAAAAAAUCCAUUUAGGUCGCUUGAAACUUUAAUUUUCCAAAAAAUGGCGUUAUGGCGUGAGUGGAUUUCUGAUUUAGACAAAAAUGAAGGUGAAGCUUUCCCUCUCCUCCAACAGCUUUGCAUAAGGAUGUGUCCAAACCUAACAAAAGCCCUUCCGAGUUACCUAUCUUCUUUAACAAGUCUUGAGAUUAGAGAAUGUCAACAACUUGUGGCUUCCGUUUCUAAGGCGACAACCAUUUGUGGACUGGAGGUGAUUGAAAAAUCCCGUGCCCUGCUGCGAUUAGAGCAAUUGCCUUCUGGGCUAUUCAGCCUCUUGUCUGAUGAAUGUUGCUUGUUGUUCUUUAAGGAAAGUGUUAGUUUGAGAGAGAGAGAGAAAAAGAUGAAAGGAGCAAAUUACUUCUGUAUUGAAAAAUAUGUUGCGUAACUCUUUUGUCUCUUUACAACUGUACAUAUAUAUAUCCUUUAGGUAAGGAUAUUUACUUUUUAUCUAACUAAUUACAUUUACUAUUUACAAUAAUAGAAAAAUACAAUAAAUAAAUUUAUUUAGUCUCUUUA